AUGGAACGCACACCUCGAAAAAUGUUCUCAAACCCAACAAGUCAACUGCCUCAGGAAACAUUCAACCCAAGCAUGCAUGAAAUCAACACCGUUCAAUCCUCUGCGGCGGAAGAUGAAUCAGUCCUCAAAACUCACAGGCGUGCAGAAUACAGUGAACCGUUGCUCAAGAAACCGCAAAAUGAUGACUUGGAAGAAGCUCUUCAAGCACCCCAGCAUAUUUCAUGGGCAUACAAGUCCAAGCAAAUCAACAAAAAGCUGGGACUACUUUCUAUGGUAACACUGGUGAUAGGAACUCUGGUGAUACUUGCCAGCCUAUUGUUUGUGAGCUUUUUGUGGUUAAGCGAUGUCAAUAACAGGACCUGGCAAGUAGUUGCGUCUAGAAAUUGGAUGACCCGAUGUGUCUCUCUUACCGCUCUGGCUCUUAGAACUACUAUAUCAAUGCAAGCCAUGAUCUCAACUUCUAUGCUCGCCGGCCUGGCCCUGGAGAGGAAGUCAGUACUAAGUAUGCAUUUAGCUUCCACCUCGGCUAUGCGCAAUAUCAAUAAUGGGCCUCUUUAUCUGGCUUGGUGUACUUCUAAAGCUUUGUUGAAGAUGGAGAAGCCAUGGAAGCAGAUUUUUCUGCCCUCGAUCUUGAUCUUACUCUUUGUCACAACCUUCCUUUCUCAAUUCACAUCAACGAUUCUUCUUUCAGAUUUGUCCCUCACUCCCGUGUUAGGGCUCCCGACUUCGACCACUUUGUCUAGUCACUUCAUCUACAACACUACAGAUGAAUAUAGACCACUGAAUCAAAUAACCAGGGGAUCGUCGUGGUUAAGAUUGCCUGCCUUCUACCCUGCGUUUGCUGAAUACUCGAAUCCUGAAACAAAGCAGGACCCGGCUGUAGUCGAUACCGGACCGAUACUCCGAGCAUUUCUACCACUAGGAGAGCAACAGUCCCGACAAGAAAUCGGUGAUUAUAAGGGCGUGGCAACUGUGCUCGACAGCCGCGUGAUUUGUGUUCGUCCUGAGCUCGAAAAUCCAAAGUUGCAAAUUAAUAGUAAUGGUGAUUCACCUAUUAGUUUGGCCUUAGUCAGCUCGAUCUCGGCCUCAAGUUCGGCCAACGGUGUCCUACGCGACCAGAGUGGUAUCAGAAAAAGAGAAUAUGGCUGUCUCGUGGAUCCCCCCUUAAUCAAAACGCCUGAUAAUGGUCGGGGAAUUACCCUGUGCCAAGUCAUGCCGAUUGCCUCUGACCUUCCGAGCCAAAUGGAAAUCUAUUACGGUGUCGCAUCGGGCUUAACCUAUUUAGUCCUCAAUGCGACCACUAGUGUUCGUGGCAAAUGGUGGGAUCUAGUAUUUGGCUCCGAUCUAUAUGAAUAUUCACCAGUCAGUAACGAGAUAAACGGUGAAUGGAUCGAUCUUUUAUUCACUGACGAUGGGACAAUGCGGAUAAGUGCUAGUCUCUGCUAUGCGGCAUCAGACACCGCAGACUUAUUUAUACGUGCAUAUUCAGGCAUGAAUCGUACAGAGCCUCUUGCGGAGUUUGAUACUAACAUAUCAAAAUAUCGAUACGAUGCGGUCCGAAACCAACUCGGACAGAGAAAAGAUGGGUCAUGGACGCAUGGCAUGUUUUCAGCCCGGGGUAUAUUGCAGCUAGAGCCUCGCCCCAGUUGGAGUCCAGGAACACAUCCAGAAGACUAUGUCCGUCCGUGGAGAUCAGUUGGAUUGUCAUCCCCUUAUAUCUCAUGGGUGAACAAUGCCGCUAGGUUUGAGUACCCCAGCGUUGCCGACUAUGAUCCCAUGAAUCUUUGGCCUCCACAGGUGAAUUACACAGCUUACUUGGGUACAAAGAACAGUGGCGUGUCUGUAGACGACUCCCCGGUGUCUGGACACAAUUUCUCCAGUAUACAUCCAGACCCGUCCUUCCCUGCUCUUCUGCAAGAAAUUCUGCAACACGGUGGUGACAUAGCUCAUGCCCUCUCCUCCCUCCUCACAGUCCUAGCGGCAUCGACGUAUUAUGACCAGCUACCACAAUUCAACGGGCAGAGCGAAGUCGAACAGACUUUCUUCGAACCUGUGCUCACGCCGCAAACAUACCGAGGCUACAGCUUCGUGAUGGCGGUUGCUUCAACGCAUCUCAUCCUCCUCGCAACCAUUCUAUUCCAAUUCCUUACCGGCACCAAGAUCUCGAGUAUCGGCAAUGCAUGGCAGACAUUCGCACAGAUCAAAGAUCCCUUGACCGAGGAGCUCCUAGAUUUCAAUACCCUGCCGUCAGACGAGGAGGUGAGGCGGUGGAUGAAGAGGAAUGCCGACGCGAAGGUAUCGGACAGAGUUUCGGACUCGAUGGGGACUUUCAGUAACAAGCAUGAAGAGCAUGCCGUGCAGUCAGCCCUGCAGCCUAACGAUCUCGUUGGAAUCAGGCUUGCAAGCAGCGGCACCCGCACGGAGUUAGCUCGUCGUCAGCGUGCUGCAGACAGCAAAUUGAGCCACGACGUUGUCAAGACUUCGAGCGUUGAGGAUCUUCCGUAA